UGCUCACUAUUUGCAGCCUUUUGAGCGUCAAGCCGUCGUAGCGAAGUAGCUUUGUGCUCAUGCUGGCAAAGUUGGUGUUGCUUUGUGCUGUGACUGGCGCCCUUGCAGGUUUGAAAUGGGGUUCAGUCAAUCAGACCGACAGCAAGGAGAAUCCAGAGCCGGACUCCAGCGAUUUGGGCAUGGAGAGAACCGAGAUUUCCGGCUCGGACGUCGAAAGCAAGGAGCGGCUUCCGUGGUGGUUGUUUCCACCACCACCACCGCCACCUGUGUGGCCGUAUAACCCUUACCCACCUGUGGGGCAAAUUCCGGGGAGGACCCCCGGGGCGAGCCCCGGAAUGACUCCUGGGGCCGGGGCCACCCCCGGCCCUGCGGUGACCCCCGGAACGAACCCCCCAGCGGUGACCCCCGGAACGAACCCCCCAGGCACGACCUCCGGGGCCGACUUCAUUCGCUACCGCAACUAUGACUUCAAGCAAGACUAUGUCCUGAACCAGGAGCACGAUCCAAGUAUACAAGACCCAUGGAAGUGUUGGACCGUGACCAAGGAGAGGGGGUUCAACGCCAUGUCCUACAGCACCGUCCACAGAGGCUGCUACUUCAAAAAUGUGCCUGUUCCUUUUCCGGGCGCCACUGCCUUGGAUCCGUGGCAAGACGGCUUUUGCCAAGUGAAGACGUGAGGUGAGGAGCGAAAGGCACACGCCUAUUUUUGUGCUCCAGCCGGAACAGCCCACAGGGAAUUACCGCUGGUGGCUGUGGCCCCCAUUUUGCUCGUGCUUAGGCAUGACAGCUAUCCAGCACGAGGCAGGGGGAUUUUAACACUAGAGAUGUGUUGUACAGAGGCACGAUCUCGAGCUUCAAAGCCCGCACAG